AUGUCAUGUCUUGGUCAUGUCCAUCCCACUGAGGCAAACCAGGGCCUCACAACACAUGAGUUAAGAGCCAUCCUUUUGGUUCUGUCUCUUAUGGGCGAUCAGAAAGGGAGAAUAUUUCAGGCUUCGUAUGAUGGAAAGGGACUAACCUUACAAUACUCACGACUUUGGAGCCUUGCGAAUCCGAGCACUGCACCGUUGGAAUUGUUCGUUCGAUAUAGGUUGAGUGAGCCCAUUGGCGGUAUUCGCAACUUGUCUAUCAGAUAG